UAUUAUAUGAGUCGUGAAAAAAAGAAAACGUUUGGAAGACCUUAACGCUCAAAAAGACUUUAAUAUACUGAAGUGUCACGAACAAAUUCCGUUCGUUGUGUUUUAUCGCCAUCUGUUGAUCGGAGAAAGCGCGAAUAUCCCUUCCACCGUUGAUGGUUCAACGAAUUAGAUACAAGCGAUCUUCGGUAGAAGAGUGACUCAUGGAAUUGAAAGAACUUGCUGAGAAAUCAAGAAACGUUCAUAUCAUUGAAAUAGACUUAACUGACACAAGCAAUUAUAAAAAAAUAGUAAAUACCGUCAGAGAAAAAGUAGGAUCAGCAGGACUCAAUGUUCUUUUUAAUAAUGCUGGGAUUUCACAAAAAUUUACACGACUUGCUAUGGUUAAAGAGGAAAAUCUGACAAAUACUCUUUUUAUUAAUACAGUAGCUCCAAUUAUGUUGGCAAAGACGCUUCUACCAUUAUUAAAGAUUGCUGCUAAAAACAAUGAGAUUGGAAAAGGUAUGAAUAUAAACAGAGCUGCUAUUAUCAAUAUGACUUCAAUCCUUGGCAGUAUUGCACAAAAUGAUCAAGGAGGUUUUUAUUCAUAUAGAUGUAGUAAGGCAGCUCUUAAUGCUGCAACAAAAUCUAUGAGUAUAGAUUUGAAAGAUGAAGGGAUAUUAGUCGUUUGUUUGCACCCUGGAUGGGUGCGCACCGAUAUGGGAGGAAAUAAUGCACCCUUGGACAUUGAUACCAGUGUUUCUAGCAUUUUAAAUGUUAUGGAAACACUUUCAGAAAAACAUACUGGUUCUUUUCUUCAAUACAAUGGUACAACUUUACCAUGGUAAUUUUUAACUAAAAAUAUAUUAGUGAUCAUAAUAUUUAAAUAUUGAACCGUUCGAUUUUGGACAUAAGUUAAAAAAUAAA